CAACAGCAAUGAGCCCAACUUCCCACAACCAAUUCCAUCGCGUAACGACCACGAUCCUGAGAUGCGGUCAACUUUUCGGAGCAGCACCGUUUCCAUUCCCACUGUGGACGCACUCCCGAUGGCACCGGCCAGCCCAACGGAAGAAAACCAUCGAUACGGUUCUCCGUACCGCUCAGCUGGUCUGGAAGGUGUGCCUUGCUGCGGUUUACUGUUGGUGUUUGCUACUUUGGAAGAGUCUUCCGUUGCCACCGACGGCCACCGUGUUCUCCAACAUUCUUGAAAAUUUGAACCACGUCCUGCGAGCGAUGAUUCUGGUGGCGAUUCUUGGCCUCGGUAGAUAUCUUAACGGAAAAUUUGCCGGAGUAUUGAUGCAACUGGGUACGAUUGGCCACCUCCUUGAGCAGCAUGGAUUCCGGAUGGAUUUUCGUCGGCUAGGCCGUGAACACAAGCUAAUUUUGGUCACUAUGUUGGUUUUGAACGCUGUGGAAGUAAGCUUUUAUUAUGCUGCCGAUGACGGAUGGACGGUUCUGUCGGUGCUAGGGCAUUCUACCUACCCUAUUGGAUAACUUUACUUCGAAUAACGCAAUAUUGGCACACGGCCGGCAUGAUUCAACAGAUUCUACAGCGUAUCAAUCGAAUGAUUAAAUCUGCAAAUGAAUCUGAAAAUAAAGAGUUGCUUCAAGUUGCUCACUGCCUUAUUUCACAAAUUUUCAACCUAAUAAACCAAACCGUUGACUCAUUCGGAUUCGAACUGCUGACUAUGACUCUGUCAGGUAUCCUAUCGAUUAGUUUGGCAUUCUACGACGCUCAUUUUUUGUACUUCCUCGAGGUCUUUGGCCAACGUGAUUACUGCCUAGUUGUAGGUUACAUAACGUGGUCCACGAUCCAUUUCUAUCUGCUGGGGUUGACGCUGGCACCACAGUCCAGAGUUAAAGCGCAGCUAAGAAAGAUUGCUCUGAACGUGGUUGAACUCGGAGAGCGGCAACAUCAAGUUCGUGCAAUUUCUCAGCUUUUUCGAUUGAAUGACUCUAAGCACUUGACCUGGGGCUUUGUUGAGUUGGAUCUGCAACUGUUUGCAUCGAUAAUCAGCUUAGUUGCUGCAAAUAUGCUGCUUCUCAUUCAACUCAAAUCUGGCGUAGAUAGCAAGGUAGGAUGA